CAGAAUAGUCCGUUAAACACUAAACUUGCCUAUCGGCUGCGCUUUUUUAUUUAUUUCGGGCUUACAACAGCUUGGGUAGCCUUGACCAGCGCUAGGCUUGAAGACCCGAUCUCUGCAUUGUCGGAUAACCCAGUCUCACACUAUCGCUCAGUUUUGACCUUACCUGCCAAGGUUGGACCCAAGUACUGCUAUUAUUGAACAGUCGAAUUCAGACACAUACAAAUAGGAAAGGUCAACAAAAACUUUUACAAGGGAAACUUUUAUUUAUCAACAACAAACAGAAAAAGCAAUCGGAAUUUGAGACUGGAAAUCUCCGCAUCCCCCCCUUUUUUCGUCCAAUUUAUUUCAACGUGGCGUCAAAUAGGUAGGGGAGAAGGGAACCCCUUGGCUUGUCCCGGUCCCAAAACGGGGGGGUAGGUUCCACAUUCGAGUUCACCUCCUCAUAAUUAUUCCGACCCUUCUAUUUUUUUCUUUUUACCUUUUUGCUCGCAGCGAGCCAUCGACAGAGCGCCCGCCCGUCCCGCGCGCGCGCCUCCGCCUGCAUAGCCCGCCGUACACUAUUCAAUUUUUUUUUUCUCCUUCUCCCACAUCGGCAACUUCCAGGAAGGGCCACAAUCGAACUCGGCUCCGAAAACAGGGAAGGAGAAAAAAAAAAGACCGCUCGGUCUCUUCCUUGCUUUUGUGAUCUUACCGAUCUCAACAUCCAAACUCGGUGACAAGUACAAGCUCCCCCUCCUUACUGUCCCUCCUGCUCUAUCGCACCCAUACAUGGCCUACUCUAGUUCACCAGGCUCGUCCUCGUCGUCGUCGUUUGGCGACCGGCCUACUCGAUCCCACCACCGGCGGCGAUCCUCGACAAACAUCGCCAUCAAUGGCCCUCCGCCUUCGACACAGCUUUUGAACGUGACUGGUCUUGGUAUUCACACCCGCCUCCCUACUCUUCUGUCGCCCAUUCCAGGCACCCCAAGCGAUCCGGAAAUGUCAUUGUCACGAACUCCAUCCCCAGUCCCCGGUGGAGGCUGGUCCAGCCCCGGGCUCAACAGCGGUAGAUCGAGCCCCUCGAGGGGCUUCGCGGGAAGCACAGGCGGUCACAGUCCCAUAAUAUGGGAGGGCUCCCGGGUGAACCAGAACGGCGGCAUCGGUAAGGCCGGUCCGUCGUCUGGCUUCAGGGCAACGAAUGCAGGCACCAACCAGCGCGGCAUAAUGGGUCACGUUCGCAGGCUGUCAUCUGGUCUUCCUAUGUGGAACAACGGCAAGACCGUAAAGUCGGCGUAUAGCAACAAGGACAAGGCCGCGGGUCAGAGGUGGUACAACCCCAACAGGCUCCCGUUGGUAGCUCGGGCAAGAAGGGGCUAUGCGAGGAUGAAUAGGACGGGGAAAACCGUCCUUUGGCUCUUGAUGCUGCUGGGCCUUUGUGUUUACAUCUUUUACCAUUCUCCACUCGUGUAUCAUUGGAGGAGAUCUUCAAUGUUUGGCGGUGGUGAGAAGGUCGUCAUCAUCCUCGCGGCCAACGUUGGCGGAGGUGUCAUGGAGUGGAAGGGAGCUCGGGAGUGGGCGAUCGAGCGAGAUAGCGUGCGCAACAAGAAGAAGUACGCUGCCACUUGGGGCUACGAUCUCGAGAUUGUCGACAUGAGCACCAAGAAGCGGUAUGCCCACGAGUGGCGUGAGAGCUGGGAAAAGGUUGACUUUAUGAGGAGCUGCAUGAAGAAAUACCCCAAGGCUGAGUGGUUCUGGUGGUUGGAUCUCAACACCUAUGUCAUGGAGCCUUCAUACUCUCUUCAAGAACACAUCUUUGACAACCUGCAGCAGCACAUCUACCGCGAUAUCAACGAGUACAACCCCCUGAACAUCACCCAUCCCCCCAACGAUCCCUUCCUCGACGAGGAGUCCCGCAGCCCUGUGGGUGAUGGCCGGAUUGAGUCGGUCAAUCUGAUCCUCUCGCAGGACUGCUCGGGCUUCAACCUGGGUUCCUUCUUCAUGCGGCGGAGCGAUUGGACGGAUCGCUUGCUAGAUGUGUGGUGGGACCCGGUCGCCUACGAGCAAAAGCACAUGGACUGGGCACACAAGGAGCAGGACGCCCUCGAGCAGCUGUACGUGGCCUUGCCCUGGGUCCGCAAGCACACUGGAUUCCUGCCGCAACGCAUGAUCAACAGCUUCCCUUCGGGUGCCUGUGCCGACAACGGACCGGACAAGCGUUUCCACUACGACCAGAAGGACCGAGACUUCGUAGUCAACAUGGCCGGUUGUGAAUGGGAUCGCGACUGCUGGGGAGAGAUGUACAACUACCGUGAGCUGAGCUACUACCUCAACCGAACCUGGUGGGAGCGUUUCAAGGAGGAUCUCCUCUGCGCCAUCUGGUUUAAGCUCACCGGUCAGAAGGUCAAGUUCUGAGCCCCGUCAGCGACGACUUAUUAUGAAAAGGGGACUGUUCGAGCACAGCCAGUCUGUGAGGGCUUCUAUUCAACUUUUCUCUCGACAAGGUUGUUCUUUUUACUACAUUGAACUUUGCGGACCAUGGAUCUCUGCCCUAUUAAUACCAUUUACAGAAAAUGGUCAAGUACGGGAAGGAGAGUAUUCGACUCUCACAUUGCGUUGGUACACGCAUAAUACUGCCUUGUGUCUUAUUUCACAAUUCUCAACUCUUGAUCUCACCAAAAUCAUCCCCUACACUGGAUGGUGUGGGAGAGAAUUGGUUGAGGUCUUGAUUCAGUUUCAAUCAUCCCUGACCACUUUAUGGGGGAGGUUUCAAAUUUAUUUAUUUGCUUACUCUCCAUACCUCCAAAACAAAAUCAUCCAGAGAGUGCUGGAUGGUCAACGACACGGAGGACGGAGGACGAAAAAGAAGUUAAUGUGUAACACGUUGUGCAUUGUAUGGAGUUAUUUUUUAUUACCCGAGAGAUUUCUGGGGGUUUUUUUUUUUCUUUUUGCUUUUCAUGUAUGAUCGCAAGGGAGGCUAGGUUUGCGGCAUUUUUGUUAAUCUUUUGCUACUUGUAUUCACCUAGCCCAGUCUACAGACCCAGUCAUGUUGAUUGUUUGCAGAUUUGGUGUUUGUUUCUUCUGUCUUUUUCUGAACUAAGAUGCUCGCGAUUCCUGCAGGGGAAAGUUCAAGGCCACUGAACUACACCAAGACAUAAACCACAGAAGAUCGGGUCAUCAAAUCACAUUUACAAGGGAUUCAGGCGAGUUGCUAGUUUUUCUAUCAAAUGCUCUCGCUUGUUAUUCAGAUGGACAAGGCAAAAUCACAAAACGCAGUUUUGAUGAUAUGAGUUGACCGCUCCCGUGAUGUGACUUUUUGGUGCUGUUGGUAUGAAGUAGUGUGUGCAUGUCUCUCUCUUUUUCCCUUGCUACACUGCUUGUCUCGUGGCAGGAAACGACGGUUCAGGUUUUGAGACAUUUGAUCAGGCCAAUCAACCAGUCCUUUACCAUCUCUUCUUUGACGGCCCGUCUGAGAAACCUUUUAAUGGCUCAAUUCGUUGAAACGAUACUGGAACUCUAUCAAGUGUCGAUUAAAAGGUGACAUUGCUGUUCGUUGGGAGCAGCUACUCUGGAACCUAGAGUGGUAUGGAAGUCAAAAAGUACGGUGGGUACUAUUCAAAGCAUCUAACUGGUUUCCCGCUCAAUCGCCCACUGUUGUUGUAGCAUUUUAUAUGCCGCAAAAGUUAUACUGCAUGGUUUUUUUUUUUUUCUUUUUUUUCCCUGUACUCGCUCACAAAUGUGGACAAACUGUUGCCUGAUUCGUAUAGUUCCUAUUUACAAAAGGG